AUGUUUCGGCUUGCGUGCCUGCUGCUCGCGGCGUUCUGUCUGCAAUGGCAGGUGAAUGCCAAAUUCACCAUGGAAGAGAUUGAAAAAGCUGUUCAUCAGGCAAUGGAAAAGGUUGACUCGGCCUAUGAAUAUUCGAGACAAGAGUGCCUGAAUCGAAUCACACGACAUGAAGCCCGGCCUCAGGACGUACUGCGUUUUCUCCGACAACCUAAGGGAAUUACCCGCGAGGUGGCCCGAUCUGCCGACUAUUUCGACACUACGCUGAACAUCCUCAGAACGUCAUCGGAAACACGUAAAAAACGCUCAAUAGAGGCCGCAGAUGAGUUAGAAGAGGAACAUUUGGCAUUCAUCGAAAAACUGGUGGGCUGCGCCCCUCGAACUGGUUUCCCCUCAUGCAAGACAACGCCCAACGUUAACACAUUCCGCACUGCAAGCGGCGUCUGCAACAACGAGGCAAAUCCUCGUUGGGGAGCUUCCAACAUUCCGUUCCUACGCUGGCUUCCUGCUGAGUACCAGGAUGGUAUCUCUCUCCCACGUGGAUGGGAUCCUGUGAAAAUCAAUGGUUUCCUUCUUCCUCUGGUAAGAGAAGUAUCCAACCGCGUCUUGUCCACACCUGUAAAUGAAAUAGUGAACGACACAGUCUUCACUCACCUGUUGGCCUCCUUUGGACAAUGGUCAGACCAUGACCAGACCUUAGCGCCGCAUUCUCCGGUCAUCCGUACAUUCAGCAACGGUCUUGACUGCGAUGAAAGCUGCGAGCGCUCCGAGCCGUGCUUCCCUAUCCCCAUUCCCAAGGGUGGCCCACGUUUUGGCAUCCAAGAGUGUAUACCCUUUUUCCGAUCAUCAGCAACUUGUGGAUCUGGCAAUACAGCCUUCUUUUUUGGUGGCAACGCUACAGUGCGGGAACAGCUGAAUGCUCUGACUGCUUUUAUCGACGGGGGGCAGGUGUAUGGAUCGGAUGACGUUUUAGCUGAAGAACUUCGUGACCUCACCUCAGAUCGUGGAUUGUUGAGAGUGAAUGAGGAGUAUACUGAUAACGGCCGAGAACUCCUACCCUUUACCAAAAUGAUGGCCAAUAUUUGUGCAACCCGAGCUCGAAUCACCAAUGAUUCAAAUGCCCAGGAAGUCCUUUGCUUUUUGGCUGGUGAUGAACGCACCAACGAGAAUAUCAUUUUGACCUCGUUGCACACGCUGUUCUUCCGUGAGCACAACCGUCUGGCUCGAGCCCUGGGCAAAUUGAAUCCUGAUUGGAGCGGCGAGAGAAUCUAUCAGGAAGCCCGCAAGAUCUUAGGAGCGUUUCUCCAGAUAAUCACAUUCAGAGACUACCUAGGCCACAUAGUCGGUCCAAACGAAUUCUCCAAGACCCUCUCUACCUACCCAGGCUAUGACAAAUUUAUCGACCCAUCCGUCACCAAUGUAUUCGCAACGGCGGCCUUUCGAUUCGGCCAUACAAUGAUCCAGCCGUUUGUCUUCCGGCUCGAUGAAAAUUAUCAGGAAAGCCCCUUGUUUCCCUCUCCAAUGUUGAGCAGAGCCUUCAACGCACCAUGGAGGAUUGUCUUUGAAGGGGGGAUAGACCCAAUCAUCAGAGGGAUUGUGAGUCAGCCAGCUAAGUUGAACAUUCAAGAUGCCAUCAUAACUGAUGAGCUGAGAGACCGGCUGUUUAAAUUCUCUUUCCUACUGUCACUGGAUCUGGCAUCUCUCAACAUGCAACGUGGACGGGACCACGGACUCCCAGGGUAUACCAAAUGGCGCAAGUUCUGUGGUCUUUCACAACCCCGAAAUAGGAUGGAGCUGGCUGAGGUGCUGGGAAAUCAGGAAUUGGCUGACAAACUUCUAGAACUUUAUGGCACACCCGAGAACAUUGACCCGUGGUUGGCAGGAGUCGCAGAGCCACUCGUGAAAGGAGGAAGAGUCGGUCCCUUGUUUGCCUGCCUGAUUGCGAGGCAGUACAGUAACAUAAGAGCGGGAGAUCGAUUUUGGUGGGAGAACGACGGAGUGUUCACCAAGUCACAGCGAGCGUCUUUGAUGAAGAUGUCGCUUUCCCGCAUUAUCUGCGACAAUACCGGUAUCGAUGAAGUUCCAAAACAACCUUUCCUGUUCCAGCCAAGAGGAUCCGGUUUUCCCUCUUGCAAGAGCAUCCCUGAGUUUGAUCUCAGUCCAUGGAGAGACACCCCUGGACCUCCCGGACCUCCAGGACCUCCUGGACCUCCAGGUUCCUCGUCUUCUGCCAAAGUGGCCUUUUCUGUCCGAUUGGGAGAUAAUUUCCCCAUUCCUGGUCUUCCUAUCACCUUCCACGAGGCCAUCUACAAUGGGCAGAACAGCUACAACACCAACACUGGCAUCUUUCUUUGUGUCUAUCCCGGAGUGUACGAAUUCACUUUCAAUGUCGCAAUUUACGAGAAUUCCGCAAGUGUUGAUCUGAUGCGCAAUGGCGAGUUAAUUUUGCAUUCUUUCACCACCAAACAGAAUGGUUAUAUAACUGCGAGUGGAAUCACCUUUAUUAAACUGAAAGAGGGGGACAAGGUAUGGCUUGUGGCUAACCAUGGUGGUAAUGGUUUGACCAAAGAUAGCACUUUUUCGGGCCAUUUGCUCUUCACUGAGUAG